AAACCAUGCUGCUUUCGUUUAUGGGGUGUUUUAGAUUUGACAGGGUCCCUUUAAGAACUGAAAGUUGUGCUAUGAUUGGUUGCUAUCGGCAACAAAGACAGUUGUGCCGUCAAUGGUGGUCACAACUGUCGUUGAGAGGCUGACAGGAUUUCCGACAGGAAUUAUUUGAAUAGAACAUGGCAGCGUGCCCGGCCUCCCCCAGCGCCCACCUCCGCUGUGCCACCCCAGAGCACUGAGGCCUGACUACACCCCACAGCCCCGGAGUAUGGAGCCCUCCCUGAGCCGGCCCAGCGCCGAAAUCCUCCGCAAGAACCCGCAGCAGGACUUCGAGCUUAUCCAGAGGGUCGGCAGCGGCACCUAUGGGGACGUGUACAAGGCCAGGAACCUACAGACGGGAGAGCUGGCUGCGGUGAAGAUCAUAAAGCUGGAGCCUGGUGAUGACUUCUCUCUGAUACAACAAGAAAUCUUCAUGGUGAAGGAAUGCAAACACAUCAAUAUCGUGGCGUACUUCGGCAGUUAUCUCUGCCGGGAAAAGCUAUGGAUCUGUAUGGAGUAUUGCGGUGGAGGGUCACUUCAGGACAUAUAUCAUGUCACCGGGCCGCUCUCAGAAAACCAAAUUGCCUAUAUGUGUCGGGAAACCUUACAGGGUCUGGCAUAUUUGCACAGCAAGGGUAAAAUGCACCGAGAUAUCAAGGGUGCCAACAUACUACUCACAGACAAUGGAGAUGUCAAACUAGCGGACUUCGGGGUGGCAGCAAAGAUAACUGCAACAAUCGCCAAGAGGAAGUCUUUUAUUGGAACGCCUUACUGGAUGGCUCCAGAAGUGGCAGCUGUGGAAAAAAAUGGCGGCUACAACCAGCUGUGCGAUAUCUGGGCAGUUGGCAUCACCUCAAUAGAACUGGCAGAGCUGCAACCCCCACUGUUUGAUCUGCAUCCAAUGAGAGCUUUGUUCCUGAUGUCAAAGAGCAACUUUCAGCCUCCGAAGCUAAAAGAGAAGACGAAAUGGACCGCUGUGUUUCAGAACUUUGUGAAAGUUUCUCUCACCAAGAAUCCAAAGAAACGGCCGACUGCUGAACGACUGUUGACUCAUGCUUUUGUUGCACAAGGAGGCCUCUCGAGAUUACUGGCACUAGAACUUCUGGAUAAGGUCAACAAUCCAGACCACCACCACCAUUAUAUUGAGCCUGACGAUGAUGAUCUCGAGCCCGUACUGGCUGUGCGCCAUACCAUCAAGUCUACAAACAAGAGAGCGGAGAGAACAGCAUCUGAGCUCAAUUUUGACAAGCUGCAGUUUGAGCCGCCGCUCAGAAAGGAGACAGAAGCCAAUGAAGUGGGCAUCAACUGGAAUCCUUUUGCAAAUGGAGCAAACCAUGAUAACACCAUGAAACGUGCUGUUCCUCCACCACUUCCCCCCAAGCCAAUGAGGAUGAACAGCUGCCCAGAUGAAAACAUGGCUGAGGACGAGCGAUCCAACACGAUCAAGCACCAGCCAGAUAACAAAUCCUCCCAGUUCUACCGGAGGCAAAGCUCCCCAGGAAAUGGAGAAAGUCCUAUGAGACUUGGGAGCCCAACUGGAGAAAGCUCAAAAUCCCAGCUUCAACAGAAGAAGGAUAAGAAGGAUUUCCCAAAACCGACGAUAAAUGGUUUACCACCCACUCCCAAAGUGCUGAUGGGAGCCUGCUUCUCCAAAGUGUUUGAUGGUUGCCCCUUAAAGAUAAAUUGUGCAACAUCCUGGAUACACCCAGAUACUAAAGACCAGUACUUGAUCUUUGGCACCGAGGAUGGUAUCUACACCUUGAAUCUAAAUGAGUUACAUGAAGCCACAAUGGAACAGCUAUUUCCCCGGAAAUGCACAUGGCUGUAUGUUAUCAAUAACACCCUCAUGUCCCUGUCAGAAGGGAAAACUCUGCAGCUUUACUCACACAAUCUAAUUGGUCUCUUUGAGCAAGCCAAAAAGCCUGGACUGGCUGCACAUAUCCAAACGCAUCGCUUUCCAGAUAAAAUAAUACCCAGGAAGUUUGCCCUCACUUCAAAGAUCCCAGACACAAAGGGCUGCCACAAGUGCUGUAUUGUAAGGAACCCAUAUACAGGACACAAGUAUCUAUGUGGGGCGCUGCCAUCUGGCAUAGUGCUGUUGCAGUGGUAUGAACCUAUGCAGAAGUUCAUGUUGAUACGGCACUUUGAUUUCCCCCUUCCAACUCCAUUGAAAGUCUUUGAAAUGUUGGUAAUACCGGAGCAGGAGUACCCUAUGGUGUGUGUAGCGGUCAGCAAAGGAGCCGAUCCCAAUCAGGUUGUACAGUUUGAGACCAUCAACCUGAGCUCCGCUUCCUCCUGGUUUACACAGGUUGGCACAGAAGGUCUCCAGAUUAAUGCCAUACACGUAACACAGCUGGAGAGGGAUACUGUCCUCGUCUGCCUUGACCAUUAUGUAAAAAUAGUCAACCUUCAGGGAAAACUUAAAUCCAGUAAAAAGCUGGCCUCUGAGCUGAGCUUCAAUUUUCAGGUCGAGUCUGUAGUCUGCCUGCAGGACAGCGUUUUGGCUUUCUGGAAACAUGGCAUGCAGGGAAAAAACUUUAAAUCCAAUGAGGUUACACAAGAGAUAUCUGAUGAAUCCAGAGUCUUCCGCCUCUUAGGUUCAGACAGGGUCGUCGUCUUGGAAAGCAGGCCGACGCUGAACCCAACCGCUCACAGCAACCUGUACAUCUUGGCCGGCCAUGAGAACAGCUACUAGACUCUUUGCAUGAUACAAAUGACAUAGGAAUUUCAAUUCCAUCAUAAACUUUUCCUGUUUGGGACUUUUGACAAGUUUUGUGGCGACUUGUACUUUUUAGAUCAUAUCUGUAUUAUUUGGUAGAAUUCUUGUUUUUAACUUUUUUUUGUGCUGCUGGAAACAGCUAGCUCUCCUUUCACCACUAUGUGGUGUUGGUUUUUAUUCGGUUGCUUAAUAAAAAGCUGUGACAUUACGGCCCCUUUACCAUCAGCUGAAGGGGGUGGAUGGAGACAGAGGAUUACCGUCUCUUUCAGAAAAGAUAAAGGGGUGCCUUGAUGUGUUUUUUUUUUUUCUUCCAUUGCCUGAA